AUGUUCACUCGCGAUCCAGCUCCCGCAGCUAGACGUUCCCUUAAGUUUGGGAUACACGUCCCACCUGCACAGCAAGAAACCUUUCAUAAUAUCAGCCUGAUAAAAGCUUUGAUUCCCUUCCAAAAUAAAUGGGCAAUAAAAGGUCGUGUAAUAAACAAGAGGAAAAUGGAUCAGUAUGAUACACCAAAAUCCUCUGGGCAAGUGUUUAACUUUGACAUGAUAGAUGUUGAAGGUACUGAAAUUAGAAUAACGUGUUUUGGUAAUAUAGUUGAGAUGCAUUAUCAUAGGGUUGAACCAAGAGCAUAUUAUUAUCUGUCGAAAGGUUCCAUUAAGGAAGCCAACACAAAAUGGAAUAAAGUUAACAGUCAUCUUGAGAUUACUUUGGACCACAAUUCAAUACUAAAGCGUUGUGAUCAACCUGUUGAUGGUGAAGGUAAUGUUUCUCGAUUCACACCAAUCAAUGAACUUACAAACUGCAGCAACAACACUUUAGUCGAUGUCAUUGGUGUUGUCGUUGAUGUUAAAGACCUUGCAGUAAUAUCUAGAAAAGAUGGAACCAAAGUGAAAAAAUGGGUUGUUAAAAUAAAUGAUAUGUCGACUUUUAGUGUUGAUGUUAAUUUAUGGGGGGUGGCUUGGGAACAAUUAGGUGGAGAUCUCAAGAAUAUGCAUUUAGCUCAAACAGUUGUCGUCCUUGAGGUCACUAAUGCUCGUGUUAGCUAUUUCAAUGGAAAGGUGAUCAACACAACCACAGCAACCACUUCGAAAAUAAAUCCUUCUACACCAAAGGCAGAUGCACUUAUCUCAAGAGGAAACAUUCCAGCUGGUCUUUUGCCACUCUCUUGUGUUGCUGGUCAGCUAAACUCCCAAUACAGCAGGAUGACAAUCGCAUCUAUCUUGGAACGAAUGACUCUCCUCUCUCAAAUAGUUGAAACCACUAUUAGAGCUAUUAUCAUGCUUCAAGAUCAUACAAGCUCUUUUUGGGGUACUGCCUUUGAUGAAGUUGGCACAAAUUUGCUAGGCAUAUCAGCCAAAGAACUUUACAUGUUGCAGUACGAUUUGGCCGCAAACAGGACUCCUCAAUCUAUUAUCAAGAAUGUCCUCUUAUCCACCUUUGUUUUCACUCUCUCUGUUACAACAGAGAACAACAACUCACAGACUAGACUAAAAACGACAAUCACCAAAGCAAUGCAUGUUGAUUUUCAAGUUGAAUGUGCUCUUUUGCUUGCAGACAUUGCUUAG